AUGGCUACUGAUGGUGGGGGCUGGACCGUUUUCCAAAGGAGGCGGGACGGAGUCACUGAUUUUUACCGUGGAUGGAUUGACUACGAGAGGGGAUUUGGUAAUCCUGAAAAUGAAUUCUGGUUGGGAAAUGGAAAUAUUCACGCUUUGACAUCACAAAGACGAUACCAAUUACGAAUUGACCUUAAAGAUUUUGAUGGAAAUACUCGAUAUGCUGUAUACAGUACAUUUAGUAUAGGCGAUGCUGAUUCUAAAUAUAAACUGACUAUUGGUGGUUAUACUGGAACUGCUGGCUAUAUUGGUGUUUUGCAACAAUAUUCAGUGCCAAUGGAAACACAGAGCUCCAGGAGAAAGCCUGGUCGUGGGACAGGUGGUAACUAA